AUGUCGGGAAACAUCAAGCGGAAAGCUACUGAAUCUCCAGCAGUUAUUACUAAAAAAGCUCGGGCGAUAACUUCGUUCUUUGCUCCAUUAGGAGCUGCAUCAUCAUCCGCACCCGCCGGUUCAGCCCCAAAGGCUUCAACUACAACUCGACCAAAAUUUGAUAAGGAGAGAUGGGCUUCCAAACUUUCUGAUGAACAUAAGUCACUUCUUCAGCUUGAAAUCAACACGAUGGAGCAAAGCUGGUUUAGAGCUCUUAAGGAUGAAUUGAUUACCCCCGAGUUUCUCUCUUUGAAACGUUUUCUCAGAAGUGAAAAGGAUGGCGGAAAAACUAUAUAUCCCCCAGAAGAAGACAUAUAUUCCUGGACUCGUUUCACUCCUAUUGAUCAGGUAAAGGUGGUGAUUCUCGGCCAAGAUCCCUAUCAUGGGCCGAAUCAAGCAAUGGGGUUGUCGUUUUCUGUACGAUCCCCGACACCCGCACCACCGUCCCUGAAAAACAUAUAUAUUGCGUUGAAGAGAGAUUAUCCGUCAUUUGGGCCCCCUCCUAAUAAAGGCGGGCUAUUAACCCCUUGGGCUUAUCAAGGGGUCCUCAUGCUGAACGCCUGCUUGACCGUUCGGGCUUCGGAUGCAAAUUCACACUCCAAUAAAGGAUGGGAACAACUUACUCAGAAGGCGAUUGAUAUCAUCGCCCAAAGACGUAGUCAAGGCGUUGUAUUCAUGGCCUGGGGUGCACAUGCUGCCAAAAGGGUCUUGAAAAUUGAUAAAGAAAAACACUUAGUGCUUAAUAGUGUCCACCCCAGUCCGUUGAGUGCUAGCAGAGGAUUUUUUGAUUGUGGUCAUUUUAAGAAGGCCAAUGAGUGGCUCAUAUCGCAAUAUGGUUUCGAUAGUGAAGUAGACUGGAAUCUCGAUGGCACUAAAUCGCCCAAGAAGAUUGUUGCACCUCCCGAAAGCACCAAGGACGAAGAUGUCCCUUCUGCUAAGGAUUCCUUGGGUUUAGAGGACGGAGAUCAGGGAAAUUACGGCGAUACCUUCGAUACCGAUGAAGAGGAGGCAAUGGUACAGGCUGUCAUGGAAAUGGAGAAAAAAGAAUAG